AUGUUCCAUGUGUGCGAUAUCAAUAGUAAUCAGACAAAACAGGGAGAAGAAGGUUAUGACCCCUGGCACAAGGUACGCUAUGUCCUUGACAAGUUGAAUGCCGCGUUCAAAAUGUAUUACACUCCUAGCCGAGAAAUUUCUAUUGAUGAAAGCAUGAUUGGCAUGAAGAACAGAUGUGUAUUUAUUCAGUACAUGCCAAACAAGCGUCAUGCUAGAUUCGGUGUUAAAAAGUUUGAACUGUGUGACACUAAUGGGUAUGUUAUGCAUGUUGAACUCUAUGCUGGUAAGGACUUGAAUGUCGUUUACGAUGAAGGACAAGCUCAUGGUGUUGUGAUGAAACUAAUGGAAGAAUGCAAUUUACUGAACAAAGGCUACCAUCUGUUCACUGACAAUUUUUAUACGAAACCUAAGCUUGCGCAGACUCUCUUUGACCACAAAACUCUCCUCACCGGGACAGUCCGUUCCAACAGUAAAGGACUUUCCAAGGAAGUUGCCACUGCAAAACUACAGCCAGGUGACCGCGUAUAUGCAAGGUGUGACAAUAUUUUGGCCGUUGCUUUUCGUGAAAAAAAAAGUCAAAAGAAGCCUGUAAUAUUGCUCAGCACCUAUCACAUUGCUGAAAAUGUUGAGAAGGAAGUCAGGGGAAAGGUCAAGGUGAAACCAGCCAUGAUUUUUCACUACAAUACUCAUAUGGGGGGCGUGGAUCUUAGUGAUAAAAAGGUUUGUCACAUUGCUGCUGAACGUCCAACUCAUCGGUAUUGGGUAAAGAUCUUUCGAAAUUUGAUGGACAUUGCGAUUCUCAAUGCAUAUGAAGUGUAUAAACUGAACACUGACAAGGAAAAGUUGCUUGACAAGCAUGAAUUUGUUGUGUCUGUUGUGGAGAGCCCCUGUGGUGCAACCAACCAUGACCAGCCAACCCAAAGUGCAAGGCCGUACAUUCCGCAGCAUUGCCUGAAACUUCUUGAUGGGCGAAAGGAACGAGAUUGCGUUGUUUGUAGCGACAGGUACAGUGGAGGCACGAGGAAACGAUCCAGACACUGGUGCCCUGGCUGUGGUGUUGGCUGUCAUGAAAAGUGUGAAUCAAAUCUUGAACACUACAAACGACAGGCACGUGUUGGUCGUAAACGACGUAGCCCCCAAAGAGGCGAUGGCGAUAAUUAA